GUUUUCAGUCUUGUGUCGAAGGCUGUCAACUUGGCCGUAGGCUAUAAGAAAGCAUGAGACCCUGAGGAGACUUUUCAAAACGGAGUUUCUCUUCCCAGGUUCAGAUGAAUCGGUGGCGGAGAUCAGUGGAUGAGAUCCAAGCUAGGAAACGGCAGGUCACAGAGUGUGAGCGUGCCCUGGAGGCCCUGAGCAAGGUGACUGCCUGUUUCCAACAGAUGGCAAUCUCUGUCGGAAGUAACUCAGACGGCAGCUUUCUGAGAGAGGAGAUGGAUGAGACCAGAGCACUGGCUCAUAGAAUCUGCACAGGGUUGCACAGACGUCUGGUCCCUCUAUUGACAGAGAGGGCGACUGCACCUGGACAAGAGGAUCGAGAACAGGUGGAGCGACUGUGGGUUCUCUUCCUCACUGGGUUAGAGAACCUCCAACAGGACCUGUACAAAGCCAGUGACUUAAUAGACCGCUUCCCCUUGAAACAGAGGAAUGACCGCCGGGCCCUUGUGAACACAGGAGCUUCAGAUGGGAUCACUGGGGUGUCUGCCCGGGCUGCUUCAGUCCAAACCCCCUGGCUAGCAGUGGAGGUGGAGCAAAGCCCUGACCUGAAGACGCACAUCACCCAGAUUGAGGCCCUGGUCAAGGAGAUGCUCCAGAAAGUCAGCAUUCCUUUCUGGGCGGUGGAGGCUACUCAAGAGGCCUGGGUGGAGGGCACUCAACCUCAGGAUGCUGCACACAAUCAGGAUGAGACUCUGGAAGAGAUGAUGGAAGUGGUGUCCCAAGAUAAGAUGUUGGGGUGUUGUCAUCCCCUAAACUGUAAAUUGGGGUGUAUGUUUUGUCUAUAGACCUGACAACUGGGGUGUACUCUUUAAUACUUGGUUAAUGGUCAGUAAAACUUUGAAUAAAGCCUAAUUUAUACUGUACAUACACAAUGCAAAACCUACAAGUAGCUAUGCUAAAUGGCGAAAAACACAAAAAUGUGCAGUCCUGCAAUUUUAAAAUGACAGUACACAGGACCGACAUUUUGCGUAGCAUUCUCGUGUUGUGUACAUACAGUGUAAAUUAGGGUUUUACAUGCGCAAGUCAUUUCUAUUUACUAAUGAAAACUAUGAACAUUAGACAAAUGUAUUUAGAUACUGUGCAGUCAAAGAACAAAUCCUUUAAAAAGGUAUGAUCAACUAUGCAGAUUUCCUUGCUAAUGAUAGAUGUUUAUGGCAAAGACCUUGUAUACCUAUGUUAGUGAUACAUUUUGUCAUAUGCUGACUACACCAUCAAGCACGUGCAUGCUGAUUUUGUCCAUCCACACCAGAUGCGAUCAGGACACCGGUUGAAAUAUCAAAACGAACUCUGAACCAACUAUAUUAAUUUGGGGACAGGUCGAAACAUAAAUGGACAUUUAGCUAGCCAAUUUGUCCUGGGAUAUAAAAAUUGGGUUGCUAUUGUACCUGAAAUGCACACGGUCCUUUUUUUCCCUUGGAUCUUUGUAGAAUUUUGACCCAUUGAGUCACAAAAUCAUGUGUUCUCUACUCUGACAAUUAAUCCAUAGAUAAAAAGGGGAAACCUAGUUAGUUUCUCUUAAAUCGCUCCUUCUUCUGUGGACUUGGGAGGCUGGCAACCAACUUUAAGGUGCAUUACCACCACCAACUGGACUUGAGUGUGGACCUAAGUUCAGCUUUCAAUCACCCACAUGGGUAUAUGUUCCUAAAAAACAAUGAAGAGACGAAAGAUGAGGGACUUGAGGCGCAUCAAAAAUACAACCAAAUUCUAUUUUAGCGCCAGGCUGCGGAGACACGUGCGAGCAGUCUGGGUGAAAUUAUUGAACAUGCGUACAUUUAUUUUGCAACAGGGGCGGUGUGGUCAGCAUGUUAGUAUGAAAGUUGUAUUGAUUGCUUGAAAAUGUAUUUAUGCAAAUCAAAUAAAGUUGA